AGAACGCCAUUCUAAUUUAUCGAACAUUACUACUACUCUUCGCCUUCCUCCUCCAUUUGUUGCCUUUGCAGUUCUUAUAGUUCUCUUCAAAACAAAAUCCUCUACCCUUCUCAAUCCACUACGCAACUUAGCGCCUUUCGCUUUUGCCGCUUCCGCAGUAUCGUAUUUUGUUUCUUUCUUUCCUUUUGGGGUAAACAUACACACCCAAAGGUAUACACCUACCGAUCCACCGACACGCCACCCCUUCCCAACUCCUACACAGAUGCCCGUUGCAGCGAAGCACCCCGGCAAGGUUUUUGUCAAGGCGAGCGCGGUGAAGGACUAUCUGGGCGACUACCGCAUCUUUGACUGCCGCUACAAUUUGGCGGUGAAGGAUCAUGGCACGGUGGAGUUUGCCAAAGCACACGUGCAGGGUGCGACGCGCGUCGACGUCGACGAGGACCUGUCGGCAAUAACCAAAAGCAGCACCGCCCGGCAUCCCCUGCCGCCCUGCGAGAAGUUCAUCUCGUGGUGCAAGGCGAACGGAAUCAGCGACAAAAAACCGGUGCUGUGCUACGACGACGAAUGCGGGGCGAUGGGGGCCUGCCGCCUGUGGUGGAUGCUCGACGCGCUCGGGGUGGAGACGUACGUCGUGGACGGCGGCGCGCAGGCCUGCAAGGCGGCCGGGAUCGCGAUGGAGUCGGGAGAGCCGCCGGCGCCGCCACCGCCCACCUCGGAGUGGCCCUUCAGGACGGCCUACGCGCAUCACUACGUGGUGGGCGAGAUUCCGCCGAACGCCGUCAUCACCGACGCGCGGGUGCCGCAGCGCUUCAACUCCACGGUGCGGCCCUACGCGGCGGACCCCUUGCCCGGCCACAUCGAGGGCGCGGUGAACCUCCCGUACAACAUGCACCUCGUCCAGCCCGACGGCUACCCAGUGCUGCGUGAGGAGAGUGAGCUGCGCGAAAACAUCCUCGACGCGCUGCGCGGCAGCAUCGGCAGCGACACGGCGGGUCUGUCGAAGUGCGUCUUCUCGUGCGGCAGCGGCCUCAGUGCGUGCAUCAACAUCGCCCUGGUCCAGCAGCUCGGACUGGGCCACCCCUACCUGUACUGCGGCUCCUGGUCGGAGUACUGCGGCCUCUUCCGCUUUCCGAUGCUGCGGAGCAUCGUCAAUGACUAUGGCAUGUACAUUCAGUUGCACACCCCCAGCCUUGGCGACAACCCGAAGGCCGACGCAGCGGUUCACACCAUCGAGGUAGACGGCACACCGAGUAAGAGCCUCGAUGCGGAACUGACGAGUGCCUUGGCGCACCUCCACGCCGGCGAGAAAGGCACGGUGUACUUCAAAAGCGGACGCGUCGCCACCAUCGAGGUGAUCAAGACCGCGUGA